UGUGUCACGGCCGAAGGAAUGAAGUCCUAAAAGGCUGCGACUCAGGCGUCCCCAGAAGCCCACUUUGGCCAGUUAGCCUGACCAAGAUGUGAGCUGUCGCGCUUGUGAGGCCCCGCAUGCAGCACGGACCCGACCCACGUGCUUGCUUCUUUAGGGAAAGGAGAAAAGGCCUUAUGGCAGCGCUGUCCAGGACUGAUUUCAGAACGCACUGUUGUUUUUCGGUUAACUCAGCAGCUGAGCUUGGAAAGGAAAUCUUGCAGGAUACCCUGUUUAGCAGCUCCCGCUGGGCCUGCGGGAGGAGCGGUGAAGAGCACAGACGGUGGACGAGCCCACAGAAAAUGGUGACUCCCUCCUGAGACGCAGAAUCACUUUGUACGGGAAAGGGCAUUCAGGAAGGAGAAUAUGAAAGUGAUACUCAAGCUUGUUUGUUUCAUAGCCCUACUGAUUUCCUUGGAGGCUGAUAACUGUAAGGAACGUGAAGAAAAAGUAAUUACCGUAUCAUCUGCAAAUGAAAUAGGAGUUUCUUCUUGUCCUCUUAACCCACAUGAACGAAAUGGUGUCAUAAAUUGGUAUAAAAAUGAUAGUGAAAUACCUAUAUCUACAGACCAAAGCUGCAACAUCCAUCAGCACAAAGAUAACCUUUGGUUUGUUCCUGCCAAGGUAGAGGAUUCAGGGAGUUACUCUUGUACAGUCAGAAAUUCUACUUACUGCCUCAGAAUUAGAAUAACUACAAAGUUUGUGGAGAAUGAACCUAACCUGUGUUAUAGUGCACAAACUCUGUUUAAACAGAGACUACCUGCUGCCGUAGAUGGAGUACUUGUAUGCCCUUAUAUGGAUUAUUUUAAAGAUGAAAAUAGCAAAUUGCCCAAAAUACAGUGGUAUAAGGAUUGCGAACCUCUGGAUCUUGACAAUGUAAGCUUUUCUGGAAUCGCAAAUAAACUUAUUGUGAUGAAUGUGACUGAAAAGCAUAGAGGGAAAUACACUUGUCACAUAUCCUACACAUACCUGGGAAAGCAGUAUCCUGUGACCCGGGCAAUAGAAUUCAUCCCUCUAGCGGAAACCAAGCCCCAAAAGCCCGUGAUAAUGAGCCCAUCUAAUGAGACAAAGGAAGUGGUUUUGGGAUCUAAGAUACAACUGAUCUGCAAUGUCAGUGGCCAUAUGAGUGAUGCUGUCUACUGGAACUGGAAUGGGUCACUAAUUGAUGAAGAUGAUCCACUACUGGCAGAAGAAUAUAAAUUAUUUGGAAAUCCUUCAUCUCCAAGACAAUUUACGCAUCUUGCAAUACUUAACAUUUCACAAGUUGAAAGUAGAUUUUAUCUUUAUCCAUUUACUUGUUUAGCCAAAAAUACAUAUGGUCGUGCUGAAACAUUUAUCAAAUUAAUAUAUCCAGUCCCUGAUUUCCAUAAGCACACUAUUGGGAUCUGUGUCGUGUUAACAGUUGUAGUGACAUGCUCUGUUUUCAUCUGUAAGAUCUUCAAGGUUGACAUUGUACUUUGGUAUAGAGACUCCUGCUAUAGUUUUCUCCCAAAGAAAGCUCCAGAUGGGAAGACCUAUGAUGCAUAUAUUCUAUAUCCAAAGACCCCAGGGGAAGGAUCUACCUCUAACUCCGAUGCUUUUGUGUUCAAAGUUUUGCCAGAAGUUUUAGAAGAGCAGUUUGGGUAUAAGCUGUUCAUUUAUGGAAGGGAUGACUAUGUUGGGGAAGACAUUGUUGAGGUCACGAAUGAAAAUAUCAAGAAAAGCAGAAGACUGAUUGUGAUUUUAGUGAGAGAGACAUCAAACUUUACCUGGUUGGGUGAUUCAUCAGAAGAGCAAAUAGCCAUGUACAAUGCCCUCAUUCAGGAUGGAAUGAAAGUUGUUCUCCUGGAGUUGGAGAAAAUCCAUGACUAUGAGAAGAUGCCAGAAUCCAUUAAAUUCAUUAAGCAGAAACAUGGGGUCAUCCGCUGGUCGGGGGACUUUAAAGAGGGACCUCAGUCUUCCAAGACCAGGUUCUGGAAAAAUGUGAGGUACCACAUGCCUGCCCAGCGGCAGGUGCCUACAUCCAAAUGCCAGUUGCUGUCCACAGCCUCUAAGCCAGAGCCUAAGAAGAAACUGGAAAGAGAAGUUCACUUACCUCUCGGAUAGCCGCCAGAGGCUUGGCCAAGGCUUCUUUGUCUUUUGUCUGUGGCACUGCAGUCUGAGCUGUACAGUCACAAAAAGUACCUGUUAUGCUCCCUUCACCCCAAGGUCACCUGGCAUCAGAUUGUUAAGGGAGCGAGAUGUGACUGUAGGAGGCAGGCAGUUCCAAGUAGAGGUCACA